AUGAGCAUGAGAACCCCACCCUCGCUCCAACAUCUGGCCAUACAGAGUCUGCUGAGCAACCAGUCCCUGUCCAUCUCUGCCUUGGAAGAUCUGCCGGCGGUGCUGUUCCCUUUGCUCUUCAUGGAGAUCUAUAAACAGGGCUACACGGAGAUGCUGAAAGCCAUGGUGCAGGCCUGGCCCUUGCCCUGCCUCCCCCUAGGGGACCUGGUAGAGUCACCAGACCUGGAAACCUUCAAGGCUGUCCUGGAUGGAAUUGAUCUGCUACUUGCCAAGAAGGAGCGCCCCAGUCGGUGGAAACUGCAAGUACUUGACCUGCAGAAUGAUCACCCAAACAUCUGGAUACAGGGUUACCGUUCAAUGGCCCAAAUCUCUUAUCCAGAUGUCCUGACUGACAGGCCAACAGAGAGCUGUGGUUCAAUGAUGACUGAAAAGCAGCCCUUGAUGGUCACCAGGAAUCUCACCAUCAAAGAUGGCGCCCAGGAUGCUCUCCAAGCCUACCUGCUCCAGUGGGCCAGGAAGAGGAAAGAACGAGUCCAGCUGUGCUCAAGAAAGCUGCAGAUUCUGUCUGGCUCCGUGUCUAAAAUCCAGAAGGCUCUGUGUGUGGUGAGGCUGGACUCCAUCCAAGAACUGGUGGUGAGUGAAUUUUGGCUUCCAGGAACCUUGAGAAUAUUUACUCUUUACCUGGGCCAUAUGAAGAACCUUCUCAUCCUCAAGUGCUCUAGCAUGUGGACUGACAUCCCUCACUCCCACGAAAAUUCCCAAUAUCCCUGGAUAAUCGGGGAGUAUCUGGGGCAUCUACAGCAUCUCCAAGAGCUUCAUGUGCACAACAUUUUGUUUAAUGCAACUAUGCCCACCAUCCUCAGGAGCCUGCCGCCUCUGAAGACGUUGUCUCUGAGCUCAUGUGCACUGCCGGAAACUGACCUGAGGUUUUUGUCCCAGUAUGCCUGCACCAGGCAGCUCAAGCACUUGCAUUUGAGGACUUUGCCAAUGAAACGUGCUGAGCUCCUGAGAGCCCUUCUGGACCAUGUAGCCUGCACCCUGGAGACCCUGGCCUUGGAGGAGUGUUACAUCACUGAUGCCCAGCUCUCGGCCAUCCUGCCCACCCUGAGCCAAUGCUCCCAGCUCCGCUUCUUCAGUUUCUAUGGAAACUGUAUUUCCAUGGCCAUCCUACAGAACCUCCUGAGCCACACAGCCAGGCUGGGUCAUUUGAGAAGGGGGCUCUAUCCUGCCCCUCUGGAGUGCUACCACCCUGAAGAUUGGUAUCUAGAGAACUUCGACCCUGAGAGAUUUGCUGAGGUUGGGGCUGCCUUGGUGCGGACAUUGAGAGAUGUGGGAACAAAUCAGAAGGUCCAGAUCUGUACCAGUUUCUGUCAUCGCCAUAACACGUGCCAACUGUAUAGUCUGACUCUUGAUGGUACCUGGGUGGUCACAGAGGAGGAUCUUCCUGGCCUUUCUGCUCUGCCUGUGUAG